AUGGAGGCUGUGCCUCGGAUGCCGAUGUUAUCGUUUGAGUUGAAACAAAGUCCAGAAUAUGUCGAUUUCGGUCCGGUUUUAAAACAGUACAUUCGUGAUAACUAUGGAGAAGACCCAGCCCAGUACAACAAGGCGUGUAACGACUUGGAACAACUCAGACAGAGUGCUGUCCAUGUUUCGCAUGACUUCAUGGGAUGUAGUACUCUAAAGAAAUACUAUGCACAGCUACAGUUCCUACAGGGGCGGUUCCCUAUGGGGGAGGGAGGAGAAGCAGCGAUACCAUUCACCUGGGAGGACAUCCACCUCGGCAGAGAGAUCACGAUCGGUGAUGUCAAGUUUGAGCAGGCGUGCAUCUUGUACAACAUCGGAGCUCUCCACGCUAUCCUGGGAACCAUGGAAACCAGACAGAGUGCUGAUGGUAUGAAGGUAUCGUGCACACACUUCCAGUGUGCCUCGUGGGCAUUUGAGUACCUACGAGACCACUUUGGCUGCUCCCUGAUGAGUGCAGAUAUGUCACACGACCUCUUGACCUUUCAAAUGAACCUAAUGUUGGCACAAGCCCAGGAGUGUAUUCUGGAGAAGUCGAUGAUUGACAGUAGGAAAUGUUCCAUCACCGCAAAGGUAGCUGCCCAAAUUGUAGAAUUCUACCGAAUAGCACUGCGUAACCUGGAGACCUGCUAUAGUGACGGACUCAUCAGCUCCAGAAGAAAUAAGGAGUGGAAGAAGCGGAUGGACAUCAAGAUCAUGUUUUAUCAGUGCAUAACCCACUACUACAUGGGACGCCAGGCCGAGGAACAGCAGAAGGCCGGGGAAAACCUCGCCUACUACACUGCCUCACGUGAAAAACUCAACGAGUGUAUCAAACUGGCAAAGAAUGAAGGUCAGGACAUACAGGAAUCUCUGAGGUUCACGAACGAUGUUGUCACUGCAAAGUUUACACAGUCUAAAAAAGACAAUGAUUUUGUGUACCAUGAGAAAGUACCAGCAAUGGAUACACUGGCAGAGGUCAAAGGAGCAUCAUUAGUGAAAGGAAUUCCGUUCAAUCCUAACGACCCCGAGGUGUCUGGAGCGGACAUUUUCCAGAAGUUGGUACCCAUGAAGGCUCACGAGGCAUCUUCUCUGUACAGGUAUGCUACAGUCGAAUGGAGUCAGUCUGUAAAGAAAAUGUUGGCCUGUUAGGUUUUAGUAAUGGACUGUUCCAAAAUCAACUGUAGGGGAGGCAGGGCGGAGGUAUUUUCUGAGACACCACUGCCCAUAAAUUCUUAAAAGUGGUUUAAUAUAAGAAAUGGUG